AUGAUGAACACUGAGACGAAGGCGUGGCUUAAGACCGAGCUGGUGAGCGCGUUGGGCUUCGCGGAGGUGGAUGAGAUCGUGGCCUACAUCACGAGCACCUUCCACUCCAAGCAGGAGGUGUCCAGCUACCUCAUUGAGCUACUGGGCAUCCCAGCCAGCCGGGCAGAGCACAUCAGCACGCGGCUGUUCUCGUCUAAGCCGUCCACCGCCAGUUCAGGCAAAGGAGAAACUGUGGCAACAUUGGAGGAGCAACAGGGGUUGGUUCCUAGGCCGACUGCGGUGAACUCGCGCCUCAAACCCAGCAAGAAGAGCAAGAAGGGGGCAGCGGGACUGCUCAACAACGCGCUUAUCAUUAACUGCCUGCGUUGCGGACGCAUUGAGUACAAUGGCGCACGCCGCUGCGCUUUCUGUGAUACUGAACUGCGUUAUGAGGCGGAUGCAGCCACGGCCGAUCAUGCCGCCCAGCAACACAUGGAAGAGCUUGUGCGACUCGACGAGACUGGUGCAGAGCGUACUCGCGUGCUAGACGCAGAGCAGUAUUUCUAUGACGAAGAGCAAGUCGAGAAGCACAAGAGCGAAGACUCCAGCAGUUCGAGACGUCCUAUUACAAUGGCGCUGGAUUUGGAUAACAGACAAUUCGUGGAUGUCAAGAUGACGCGCAACGAGCAGCUCGCCAAGGACGCGCGCGAGCUGGUGGACGGCAUCCAGCGCAAGAUGAGCAAAGGCAAGCGUGGCAAGGGCAGUCUCCAUCAGCAGACGGAGGCUCCACCCGCUUCCAAUGGCAUCCGAGAGGCGCUCGUGGUGGUGGACGAUUCGUACAAUCUAGUUUUCGUGUAG